AUGCUAAGUGAAAAUAAGAAUAAGGUAAAAUGUUUUAUUUACGAUUAUAAUGAAAAAUUAAAAUUAUACAUAAAAUUAAAAAGAUAUGGUUUGAAUAAUUUUGUAAUAAAUAAUUCACAAGAUGCAGGGACCCAUAUAGACAAAUGUGUACAUUGUCGUGGGAACAAAUUUUAUGGUAUUAAAACAUAUGAUAAUUUGAUUGAAUGUGAAAAGAAUAGUUAUUCAUAUAUAGUUAACAAAGUAUUAGAGAACUAUGAGAGUUUUGUAAAAUGCUGUGUUCUUUCUUUUUAUACUUAUAAUGACAAUAAUAAUUUAACGAAAUUAAAUGAUGAGUAUUUUAUAGAUAAUCCAAUACACGUUUCUAAAAUAGACUAUUUCUCAUCUAAAAUUAUAAAACAGUGUUUUAUGAAAAUAAAUGAAUUAUAUAUUAGUAUAGAAGAAAAAGAAAAGGAAAAAAAAAAAGAUAAUAAAAAGAAAAUUAGUUAUUCCAUACAAUAUUCAUAUGCACAUACUAAUAAUUUUUUUGAUUUGCUUGAAUUUUAUGAAGAUAAGGAAUAUUUUCAUUCGAUAAAAAGUUGUACAUUAAAAAGAAAUAAUAUUGAUAACAUAAAAGGUAAGAUUAAUGUGAAUGUAGCUGAUAUUAGUGAAUUAAAAAAAUUUAAUCAAAAAAACAAGCAAGUCAAAUUUACAAAUAUAAAGAAAUUGAAGGAUAUAUUACAUACAGCAGAUAAGCGUAUGAAAGAAAUAGAUGACAUGUUAAGAGGGAAGAACAUAUAUUCUUUUUUUACAGUGAUAGCUAUAGAUAUAUAUGAUGAAACAGAUGAUGUAAUUAAUUCAACAAUAAGUUAUAAUAAGGAAUGUAUCAAAGGAAAUAAUAAUAAUAGAAGUAAAAAGAUUUAUUUCAUUAACAUGUUUUAUGAUGCUAAAAAAGAAAUAAAUGCGAAUAAUAAUAGUUUAAAAAAGACAUUAUUUGAAAUGUCUAAUAUUAUAAAAUAUAAUUAUAUAGAUAAAAAAUUGAAAUUUAAUAUUUCUAAUUAUGAUAUAAUAUCAAAAUUAAUGUAUGAACUAUUUUAUGAAAUACAAAAGGUACAUAUAAAUAUUUAUUUGAAUUUUACACAUAAUGAGUUUAAGAAUAACGUGGAAGACCUUAUAGUUUACUUUAUUAAUUCUAUUGAUUAUAAAAUAAAUAAUUGUAUAAUAAAUUCUAUAAGCAACCUAAAAGAGGAAAUAAGUAAAAAUGAUACAUGUAAAAUAUUGAAUGAUGGCGAAAAAAAAUGUAUUCUAUCAGAAUGUGAAAAAAUUGAAAAAUAUGAAAAAAUUGAGAAAUAUGAAAAAAUUGAAAAUGUAUUAUUUAAGAAUAUCUCUUUAGAUGAAUAUACUAAAAGUUAUAUUAUAAAAAAAGCUAUACAGAUAAUCCCUGAUAAAUCUAUGGAUAAUUUAUUAUUAUUAAAUAAAACUUUUCAACAACAUUAUAUUUUAUAUGAAGAGAAAGAGAAAGAUAUCAAUGAAAAUAUAUACCAUCUAAUUAAUGAACAAAAUGAAAUUAUGAAAAAAUAUGAAGAAAAUGAAAAGAGAUUACAAGAUGAUAUGAAUAAAAUAAUUGAUGAAAUUCAUUUAGUUGAUGAUAAAAAUUUAGAAUUAAAAAAAGAAAUACAGAAACAUGAAGAAUUGAAGAAAAAAUAUAUUACACAUGAAGAAAAUAAAAAUAUAGAAGAUUUAAAAAAAUUACAUACUCAUAAUAGUAUCUUAGAUGAACAAUACGAACAUUUUUUGAGCUUUAGAAAGGGAUCAUUUGUUGACGAUAUAAUUUGGAAGAAACAAGAAACUCAAAAGAAUAUAUUUCUUGAACAAAAACAUAUUGCACAUAAUAAGAGCAUUAGAGAUAAUGUAAUUAAUAUAAUUCAUAAACAUGACGAGCAAUAUGUAAAAAAUUUCAACGAAGCAAAAAAGUAUGCCCACAACAAAUUUCAGCAAUCGAAUGAAUUAAAGAAAAGGUACAAUCAUGUCAUAGACAAAAAAGUUGAACUUUUUGAUGUUCUAAAAAAUACAACACAUAAAUUAAAUGAAAAAGUUAAUUCUUUAAUGAAUAAUUUUAGGAAUGCAAAGGAGUUAAAACUUAUUUAUCCAAUAGAUUCAUCAUUUGAUAAUUUAAAAAAUAAUUAUGAAAAGGAUAACUUAAUUAUAAAUAAUUUAAAAGGAUAUACCGACUUACUAGAAGAGUUUAAGAAACAGGAUUUUAAUGAUAAACAGUUACAUUGGAUAAACAAGAUGAAUUCUUUAUCCAAAAAUUUUUAG